AUGGCCUGUGCUGAUGUAAUUCAUGAAGUCCAAGAGUCUUGUGCUUUAAAUUAUGAUAUCGGUAACUAUAAUUCAUUUACAUUGACAUAUUUAAGACAUAAUAUUAAUUAUUUAUGUUUUAUUUUCACACUUUCCGGGAGUAAAAUAUAUGUAGAUAAUAUAGGUAUAGUAUAUAUAAUCGAGGUAUAGGUAAAACACUAUUAAUUAUUGACAAAGAAGAAUUCCAAAAUAUAAGAAAUCCUUUGAUCAAACCUGUAGUUGUUUUACUAUUUUAAAUAUACAAAUUGAAAUUCUAAAAAUGUAUUAUGUGUUUUAGAUAAAAAAAAAUUAUUUUGAAGAUUUGGGCUAUAAAGACUCUAAUAUUUACUUAUUUAGUAAGUUGUAUAAAGGUAACAUUAUCAAGGGGUCCAGCAGUUAUAAUGGAUAAAUUAAAUACAAUAUUAGUGGAACCCAAAUGACAGCUGUAAUUAGUAAAUCUGGUGAUAUUGGUUAGUCUUUUUUUUCUCCAUAUAAUUAAACUUUAUAUUUGUUACCAAUAAUAUGGUUAAUAUUAUAUUAUAAUUUAAGUAUUAGGCACAAGGAUAGACAACAUUUUUAAUUUAAAGAGGUUCUCCAUUGUGAAAUAACAUUAAUUUGCUAUACCAGUCUCACAUUUCCGUGCAUAAUAUGUUUGUUGUUGAGAAUACACCAAGGUACUUAAAUUCUUUCACUUGUUUAAAUUCAUUAUUUUUUACUUUAAUGUUGGAGCUAUCUUUUGAUUUUCUUGCUACUACCUUGUAUUUUAUCUUCUCUGUAUUUACUUUUAGAGUCAUAUUUUGACUUGUCUUCAUUAAUUUCUUCAGAUUUAUUUGAACUUUUGCUCAAGUAUUUCCUGUGAUUAUGAUGUCAUCUGCAUAUGCAAGUAGUUAUCUUCUGUCCAGUGACCAGGUUUCCCUGUUUGGUUUUUGUGUGAAUUGUAGUAUACUUUAAUUUCUAGUAUUGAAGUUUUAACCAUAUUCCAUUUGUCUUCUCUAAUUGUUUAAUACUAGUGCUGUUUUUGAUUGUAAUUUUUACUACUGUUUUCAGUUAUUUCUUCCAUGUUUUGUUAUUUAUUCUUCUUUUGGAUUAUCCAGCUACUAGGAUGACACCGUCUCAACUAAUUCUCCAGCUUCAAUUCAUUGCCAAAUUCUUCCAAUUUACUCCGCCUCCUAAUUCUUCUAUAUUCCUCUUAACUAUAUCUUCUUAUCUUAAUUUUGGUCUUCCCAAGGGCCUUUUAUCUAUUUGAUUAUGUUUUAACAGCAUUCUUAAUAGAGAGUUCUGGCUCAUCAUUGCAUGUCUUGCAUUGCGCAUUCUUUCUUUCUUAAAUCUUUCCUUCUUCGUCUACUAUAUUAUUUCCAUUAAACAUUUCUUGUAGCUCUCUGCUUUUCCUUCUCCACAUUUAUGUGAUGUCAUCUUUUAUUGGUCCAAAGAUCUUAUGUAAUAUUUUUCUUUCUAGUAUUAAAAAUUAAUUUUCAUCUGAUUUCCUUAGUGUCCAGGUUUCCGAUCCAUAAAAUAUCACUAGUAUUAGACUGGUAUACAACCGUUUCUCUAUCUACUAAUCUACUUUCAAUCUGCAAUCCUCCCAAUUUCAUCUUCCUACAAUUAUAUAUUUAGUUUUUGUUCAUUAAUUUGUAAUCCUACUUUCUGUGUAACCUUUCAAAGAAAAGGUUAGGUGAGAUGGAAUUACCCUGUCUAAGGCCAGUUUUUACUGUAACUGGAUCACUUCAUGCUUCCGAAUUUAAUUUUAACCAUGGUUUCCAUGAUGCUGAUUGAGACUAAGUUGACCAAUUUCUGGGGGAAAUUAAACUCUUUCAACAUCUUUUUAAGACUCUUCCUAUCAAAACUGCCCUAUGCUCUUUUGAAGUCAAAGAAAAAUGUAUGUAUCUCCUUAUCAAAUUCCCAUAUCUUUUGAUAUUGGUGCCUAAUAAUGAAUAUUUGGUUUGUCAUUGACUUUACCAGUCUGAAACCGCCUUGAUAAUCCCCAGUUGUCUGCUCUGUUAUUUCCUUUAUUUUAGUUAGAAUAAAGUUUGAGAAACUUUGUACACCACAAUCAAUAAGGCAAUUCCCCUAUAAUUGUUGCGGUCUUGUUUAUCUCUUUUUUUGUGUGUAGGGCAGAUACGAGAUUUUCCAGUCUUCUGGAAAUUUUGUUAUCCAAACUUUUUUGAUCACUUGCCAAAUCCUUUGUCACAUCUUCUCCUUUUUAAGCAAUUCAACUUGGAAACCAUCUUUGCCUGGAGACUUAUUAUUUUUCAGAUUCUUUAUUUGUAGUUCUAUCUCUUCUAGAGUUGGCUCCAUGCAUUCUUGGUUGUUUAUAUUUCUUAGGUCAAACAUGAACAAUUCUGGUUCUUCACAGUUCAGUAUUUCUUCAAAAUAUUUCUCUCAUUCUUUGACUACAUUUUCAUCUUCAGUGACUAAGGAUCCAUUACUAUCUCUAAUAAAAUGUUUAUUCUUUUUGAAAUCCCCACUUAGAUUCUUUUGUUCAUUUGUUAUUAUAUUUUAGUUUUGUUUUGCUGUUUUUUUUCCAUUAUUGAAUUUUUUUCUUUUACUAACAAUUUUUAAAAACGGUUUCAUCUCUUAAUUAUGUAUACAACUUAAGAUUAUUAAUUAUACUACUGAUUCUGGUAUAAAUAAAAAAUACAUACUUAAUUUUAUUAUACAUUUUACUUAGGCACUUAAUGUGAUUCUUAAAGACAAUAUUAUCAAAUAUUAGAUUUUAUUCAAGAUAAAAUAAAAAAUACACAUCUCAAUUUUAUAGCAUUUUUAUUAAUUAAAAAAGCGUUUCCUUAGAAAAAACUGAAUAUUUAUAAAAUUAAUGAUACAACUAAUAACCUUUUUAGUAAGCUGGUUCUUAUUUUUCAAUACUGAAAUUUCUUAAUGGUGUCAAAAUUCUUCACUCAAACCAGAAUUUAAAAUAGUAUUUAAACCCUUGUACAUUUUAUGAGAGUCAUUGCUACAUGGUUAGUUUUAGGUAUUUUAAAUAAUGUUUAAUGAAAAAGUAAGAAUUUUGUUUGUUCCUAGGUAUUAUUUAUAAUACUGGAUUACCCAUAUUGCUGGUAACUAAUGCAUUAAUAUCAAUGUAUCAAUAUAUUGUUUUAGAAAUUGAAGUAAACUGUGUUCAGUCCAGUAAAAUUGAUAUUGAACUUGAACCAAGACAAUUGAGUAUUUUUCCUCAUAGAUUCAUGAGUAUUGUUGAACAAAUGGGUAGGUAAAAAUUAUCUUUAUGUAUUUAUUUAUAUUACAAACAUUGUAUCAAACAUAAACUUCUUUCCUAUAUUUCAGAAUACUCCAGAGAACUUCAAUAUUAA